ACAAAUGGACGCACGUACGUGACGUACACGGAAGUACACUUGUAAACAAUUCCGACACUAUAUUACGACUCAGCAAUAGACUAGAAACGAAAUAGAGACGUCACUCGUCGGACACAGCAUUUAAAGCGUAGCUAGUGUGAGCCUAGAGAGAGAGAGGUUGGAAAAUUUGUAAGGUAGAAGAAUGAAGGUCCGCAGCAUCGUCCAAAAGAGACUGAGUCUUCAAUGGAAGUGUGACAGAGAAAGAAAAGGAAGAGGCUUUUAUAACAAUUCUUCAUUUAUUUUAAUAACAGAUCACCAGUAAAGUUGAGAACAUAUGUAUUUAAAAAAGUUGUUUUGUAUUAAUAUCAGUCUUUAUUUAGCCAUUCCUGACCAAAGAUGUUGAAUACAUGGUGAGCAGGAACAGCUUCAGCCAUUAUGUCCAGGAAACAGACCACAAAACCUGUGCGGAGUAACAAAAAGAUUGAUAUGGAACGCAAGAGAGAUGAGCGGGCAGCCCGACGGGCCAUCGCUAAAGACCGUAAGAACCGCCCCCAGGAUGGUGAUGAUGGAGCAGAGUUUGUAAGUUUCUCCAAUCAGCUGCAAGCCCUGGGGCUAAAGCUCAGGGAAGUCCCAGGAGAUGGAAACUGCCUGUUCAGAGCUUUGGGUGACCAGUUAGAAGGUCACUCUCGAGGUCACCUGCGGCUUCGCCAUGAGACUGUGCAGUUCAUGACGUCUCAUCGACAAGACUUUGAACCCUUUGUCGAGGACGACGUGCCUUUCACACAGCACUUGUCAAACCUCUCACAGCCUGGUACCUUUGCUGGCAAUGAUGCUAUUGUAGCAUUUGCUCGCAGUCAACAGGUGAAGGUGGUCAUUCAUCAGCUGAACACACCACUGUGGGAGAUAAAUGGUGUAGAGAAGCAAGUGUGCAGAGAGCUUCACAUUGCCUAUCGCUACGGUGAUCAUUAUGACAGUGUGAGGCGGGUCGGAGACAACUCAGAGAGUCCUGCUCAGCUCCGUAUAGAGAAUUUGCAGAACCCAAGAAGCCAGCAGCGUGAGUUUGGAGACGGUCAGAUGGACAGACAGAAAACCCCUUCUCCCACAGCCUCGGAGGAGGACAGUGUGAUCCUGAGCUCUCUGAAGAAUCGAGGUAUCCAGGGAGAUGAAGAGAACCUGCUUCAGCUGAGUGCAGCAACCAUCAAUGCUGAGUGGCUUGUUGGCUCCAUCCUGGGUCAGGCCUGCCAGGGCCAGUGUCCCUCUGAAUCCUGCUUAGCCUGCAGAGCUGCGACCUCAAACUGCAGUGAGCAAAAGGAGUCAUCAGAGGGCAGCAACAUUCAAAAAGCUAAGGUAUCCAACAAGCAGAGGAAGGAGCAGCAGAGGCUAGAGAAAAAGAAGCGUCAGGAGGAGAGGCAUCGGCAGAAGUUCAUCCAGAGCAAAGGAAACCAGGACCAGAACCAGAACCUGACGGAGGACGUCACUUUAGUACGAGCUCUGAACACACUGAGUAUAUAGACUGGAGCAUGGCCAAAAAGAUUGCCUGCUGUAUCUUUAGCUGCUGGUGGCUGAUGCUGUCCACGGUUUUGCACAUAGUCAGAUUGAAUUCAGUCACAAUGGAUGACUGGUCCUAAAGAUAAGCCUAUAGUUUUUUGCAAAAAAGAGUAAAACGGUGCCUGGAAACUGUGUGUGUGGAGUCUGAGUGUGUAUGUGUGAAAGAAAGAGAGAGAGAAAGAGAGAGUGACAGUGACAGCGUGUGACUUUUAAUAGUGUUGUUGUUAGCACUUCAAUGCCUGCUCGGUAUUGGUAAACAUACAGUAUUUAGAAACUUCCAAGAGCUGGUCUGUGCUGGACAUCUGACUUUACCCAACAACAACUACCAUGUACAUGAUGUCAUACAGCUGCAGUGGAUAUUUUCAACAACGUUCAUUAGAGAACGGUUGUUUUUGUUCACCUAAUCUUAUUUGUAGAUGGAAGUGAGGAAGGAGCUGCAGCCUUUGAAUAAUUGUUAUGCACACUGUCAGAGGAUUGUGUCAGUAUAAAUCCAAUAAAUCAUUUACUGUACAUGUCCAUCAGGUUGUGUAUUUUAUACCUUAGUGUAUUGUUUCUUUUGUUUAUCCACCUUUCUCUCGUAGAUGUUUUUAAAAUAUUACCAUUUAAAAGGUUUAGAUUGGUUAGGGUUUUGACAAUGUUAUGCUACUUCAACCAUACAGCUGGUUGAAUUUCAAGUACUGAGUGACUACCAUCUCAGCUGAAGCUAAUGCUGCAGGAUGCUGCGCUAAAUGUUGUUCAGUUCAAUAAUUAAAUGGCUGAUUUUCAUGCUUAUCAACCCGCGCUGUGGUGUCACUGCCAUGCUUCGCUUUCUGAAUGCUUUGCAGACUUCUGCCAAACAAAACCAGAUUUUUGUCUUGAGUUUUUUGCAGAGUUACGUGAGUGUCUAUGCCAUCAGAAAUUAAACUGUUUAAGAGAAGAAGGUAAAGUCAGAGAUCCUCUGAGAGGAGGUGUCUAGGUGCACUUUUUGAAGAAAAAUAUUUGGUUAAAAGUAACCAAAAUGGACAAAAAUAAUCAGUUUUUCCUUUUGGGUAAACAAAAUGCCUCAAUCUGAUUUCUUUUGUUUGUUUAACGUGAAUGUUUAUUAUACUAGCAGUGCUAGAUUAUGCUAAAUUUUACACCUUGUGUUAAGUGUGCCAAGGUUUAAAUCAAAUACCACGAUGAGUGAUUUUUAAAAAAAACACAACAAAAACACUGCAUAACAAUUACAAGGCAUUUAAUUAAAGGCUGUUUAUUCUGAUGAACAAGAA